AUGUGGACCCAUCUACCAUCCCUCUGUGCCCUAGGCCUCACGCUAAUCACAUCUGUGAUAACCUCACCCAUUGAAAUCCGAGCCACCGGACCCUGGCUAGCCCUUGACACGGACUUCCCAGACCCCGGCUUCGUCCAAGCCGACGACGGCACCUGGUACGCCUUCGGGACGAACGGCAACAACCGCACGGUGCAAGUAGCCAAGUCCGCAGACUUCAAAACAUGGACCCUCCUCGACAAAGAAGCCCUCCCCACUUUAGCAGGCUGGGAGACCCAAAUUGACCACUGGGCCCCAGACGUAGUCCGCCGUGUACAUUCCCCAUCCCAUCCCAUCCCCUUCCCCCAAAUCCAAACUAACCACCACCACCACCCCCAGAACGACGGCAAAUACGUCCUCUACUACAGCGGCGAAGCACAACAAAUGCUCCGCCACCACUGCAUCGGCACCGCAGUCUCAGAAUCCACCGAUCCCAGCGGGCCCUACAUCCCAAACCCAACCCCCCUCUCCUGCCGUCUCGACCAAGGCGGCAGCAUCGACGCGUCCGGCUUCCUAGACAAAGACGGCUCACGCUACGUCGUGUUCAAAGUGGACGGCAACAGCAUCGGCAACGGCGGGGACUGCAACAACGGCAUUGCGCCAUUGAAACCCACCCCGAUUCUUCUCCAAAAACGACGGGCCGUUGGUGGAGGCCCCGAAUUUGAUUCUGCAUGGGGACACGUACUUUUUGUUUUACUCGACGCAUUGCUAUACGGAUGA